AUGCCUCGCAUCCGUACUGCUCAAACCGUCUCUUUUGAUAAGCCUGCCUCUGAGCAGCCUUACCUGCACAACAGAUGGCAUCCUGAGGUCCCGAGCAUUGCCGUGGUCGAACCAGGAGAGACAGUCAAGAUCGAAUGCCUCGACUGGACGGGUGGCCAGAUCGGAAACAACGACAGCGCCGAUGACGUUCGUGAUGUCGACCUCACAAAGAUCCACUACCUCACAGGCCCAUUCGACAUCAAAGGCAGUGAACCGGGUGAUCUCCUCGUCGUCAACAUCACAGACGUGCAGCCAUUCGACCAUUCGCCGUGGGGUUUCACUGGCAUUUUCGCAGAGAAGAACGGCGGCGGCUUUCUCGCAGAGCACUACCCCGACGCUGCGAAAGCAAUCUGGGACUUUGACGGUAUCUACUGCUCGAGCAGACACAUUCCCGGAGUUCGCUUCGCUGGCUUGAUCCAUCCGGGGAUUCUGGGCUGUGCUCCGUCGGCGGAGAUCUUGGCGGAGUGGAACCGUCGAGAGGCAGAUCUUGUGUCUUCUAUGGCUGAUUCGCACCCUGGCAAGAUUGUUGCUCAACCACCAAAUGUGACCAAUGCACACGGUGGACAAGCUGAUGGGGAUGUAUUUGAGAGAAUUGCAAAGGAGGGUGCAAGAACGAUCCCUGGUAGACCCGAGCAUGGAGGAAACUGUGACAUUAACAACAUUUCACGAGGAUCGACAACAUAUCUGCCAGUACACGUUGCAGGAGCCAAGUUCUCAGUGGGAGAUCUUCACUUUAGUCAGGGCGAUGGAGAAAUCAGCUUCUGUGGUGCAAUUGAAAUGGCCGGCAUAAUUACAAUCAAAUUCGACCUCAUCAAAGGCGGCAUGAAGUCCAGAGGUCUCAAGAGCCCCGUAUACAGACCCGGCGACAUGGGUCCCUUCUUCAGCCCCUCACGCUAUCUCAUCUUCGAAGGCUUCUCUGUGGACGAGCAGGGAAAGCAGCAUUUCAUGGAUGCCACAGUUGCGUAUAGACAAGCAUGUCUUCGAGCAAUUGAGUACCUCAAACAAUUCGGUAAGACAUUCCCUGCUUUUGAUACUCUGGCGAACAAAUCUAUCUUCUUCUAUCUUGCGCACCCAUCAGAGGCGCCAUUGCGGGAAUAG